UCCGCCUCCUCCAAUCCACACUCCCACUCCCCCUCCCCCGUUCCAACCGCCCCCGACGCCGGCCAUGACGGGCACCAUCGCGAAUGGCGUGGCGGCGCCAACUGCCCCGGGGCUCCGCGAGAAGGCCGCCGCGGCGCCGCUGCCCGAGGAGCUGGCGCCGGAGGUGGUGGAGGGAGAGAGGGAGAUCGUGCUGGGGAGGAACAUGCACGCCUCCUGCUUCGCCGUGAAGGAGCCCGACGCCGACGACGAGUUCACCGGCGAGCGCGAGGCCACCAUGGCCGGCGUCCUCGCGCGCUACCGCCGCUCCCUCGUCGAGCGCACCAAGCACCACCUCGGCUACCCAUACAAUCUGGACUUUGAGUACGGUGCUCUUUCCCAGCUGCAGCACUUCUCCAUUAACAACCUGGGCGACCCAUUCAUUGAGAGCAACUAUGGCGUGCACUCUAGGCAGUUUGAAGUGGGUGUGUUGGAUUGGUUUGCUCGCCUUUGGGACCUUGAAAAGGAUGAAUAUUGGGGAUACAUUACAAACUGUGGCACUGAAGGAAAUCUGCAUGGGAUUCUUGUCGGAAGAGAAGUUUUCCCUGAUGGGAUCUUGUAUGCCUCUCGUGACUCCCACUACUCAGUGUUUAAAGCAGCGAGAAUGUACAGGAUGGAUUGCGUUAAAGUGGAUACUCUUGUCUCUGGAGAAAUAGAUUGUGCAGAUUUUGGGAGAAAGCUACUUGAAAACAAAGAUAAACCUGCUAUUAUUAAUGUCAACAUUGGGACAACUGUCAAGGGAGCAGUUGAUGAUCUUGACUUGGUUAUCGAAACACUUGAAAAAAGUGGGUUCAAGGAUCGGUUUUAUAUACACUGUGAUGGUGCUCUGUUUGGUCUGAUGAUGCCAUUUGUUAAGCAGGCACCUAGGGUAUCCUUUAAGAAGCCCAUUGGGAGUGUGAGUGUGUCUGGUCACAAAUUUGUUGGAUGUCCCAUGCCCUGUGGUGUCCAGAUAACAAGGUUGAAUCACAUAAAUGCCCUUUCUAGCAAUGUUGAGUAUCUAGCUUCACGAGAUGCUACAAUCAUGGGAAGCAGGAAUGGUCAUGCUCCCAUCUUCCUAUGGUACACCCUGAACAGGAAAGGCUAUAAAGGUUUUCAGAAGGAAGUUCAGAAGUGCUUGAGAAAUGCACAUUACCUGAAAGAUCGGCUCAAGGAUGCUGGAAUUAGUGCGAUGCUUAACGAGCUCAGUAGUACAGUAGUUUUUGAGAGGCCAAAGGACGAAGAGUUUGUGCGACGGUGGCAGCUUGCUUGUGAGGGAAGUAUAUCACAUGUUGUGGUAAUGCCCAGCGUCACUGUUGAUAAGCUGGAUACUUUCUUAAAUGAGUUGGUGGAGAAGCGGGUAACCUGGUACCAGGAAGGAAAAUGCCAAUCCCCUUGCAUUGCAGCUGAUGUAGGCCAGGAGAACUGUCUUUGUACUCUGCACAAGACAUAAGUUUGUCAGGAGACACUCUCUCCGAGUUCAAACGUUGGAUACUUGAGUAUUUACAUUGGUUGGUGUCGUUUUUACCACCUUCCAAUCGUGCAUCUUUCAUUGUUCCUUGUUGUCACGGACUCGUAUAAAUUUAGUCCUUGCUUUAUGUCUUUAUGAGACAGAUCUUAGCACAGUAGCAUGCUGAACUUUAUGUGGUGUAUUCAUCGUCUGUCUUCAUCUAUUCUUCUAAUAAAGUUCUGUGCAAAGAUGUAUCCAAAUGAA